CCUACCCUCGGUACAAAUAUCAUAAUUAGACGUUUUCUUGCAAAGAUUGCUCAAAACAGUUUUUCAGCAAUCCAUCAAGCAUUGAACAAAGAAUUAACGAUAACCGUGGGUUUUCUGUUGUACAAAUUAGUGAUGUUGUUAUCACGUUAAUCUGCAGUUACCAAGUUGAUCGGCUGAUGUUGUGUUAAUAAUGAAUAUAUCUUUCAGCCCACAGUCUAAAGUAUGGGUUAAAAUAUCGGUAUGAAAUGAAAAAUUCCGGAAGCGAUUGAUCCAUAUUAUGAGUUUUACAGUUUGAUUUAGGAUGGAUAUAAUGAAUCCCCAAGAUGCUGUGAGUAAGACAGUCAGCAUACAGAUCUUCCAACGUAAAGAAAAAAAUCUCUGAUCAUUUCCAUAAAAUGUCUUAUUUUUUUAUCAGCUCUGUUUGACAAACUUUAUUUGUCGAUUCUACUUUGAAACGAGUAGCGUAGUACUGGAGUAAAGGGAGCAGAGAGAGCGAGAGUCAUCAGACACAAUCGUUAAACGUAUCGUAAAUAAUAUAAUCUCUGAUCAUUUCCAUAAGACGCUUCAUUCAUGAUCUGUGCUAUUUGACUUUGUGACUAAACCUCGGAACUACACGGUCCGGACCAUCACAGCAUAGUACUGGAGUAAAGCCGACGAGGAGGGCGAGAACACGAACAGCAAAAACGUCGAUAGCACACAGUCAAAACACAUUCCGUACGGGAACUCACGGCUCGGAAUACUGAAAGUACGUGCACUGUACACAGUUGAUUUCAUCGUUUCGUCAUUCGGAUUUUUAGUUUCAUUUCAUGGGAAUUUGUCACACGUUAAGGUGACUGAAUGUCUAUCCACCCGGCUGUGAGCUUGAAGGCUUACAUGUACGAAAACACUCUACAUGUUUCCUAGCCUAGGUUUACAUGGCGGCCAGGCCCCCAGUCAUGGCGUGAACACAGUGUCCAAGUACAGAAGAAAGGACAGUGCCAUCAGGACUUUGGUAGCGGAGACAUUGGUAUUGGCUAAGACUCAUGGAUAUGUGGAAAAGAUAGAAAACGAACUCGAGGAGGAGAUAUUACAGGAAACGUACCUCCCAAAAGAGGAUCUUGUAAGGUGGAGAAGAAAGGGCUACUCCUUCUUUAAGAGUAAGGCCGUGUUGUUGACAGUGGUCAUCCUGUGUAUCGUGGACUGUGCCCUGGUGUUAGGAGAGCUCACCCUGGAUCUCUAUAAAGUCAAAGUGACAUUAGAAGACAACGAAAAAUUCACAAAUCACACCAUGAUGUUUCUCCUAAGAAUGAGGCAGCAGAGUCCCACAGUUCUGAGCAAUAAAGAAUAUGAACAAGUUUUUGAUAUGAUAUUAACAGCGGAUAUAAGAUGGAGUUUGCAAUCGGAGAGCGAGUUGAAAGAACAUUAUCAGCUCAAGGACGAGGCGACAAUUCAAGAUUUAGUGUCGUCCAGGAACCCGAGAAGCGCGGAAGUAAACAACAAAAGCUACAUAAACUCCAGCCAUAUUGGCAUUCCUGAAAAAGAGUAUAGCAUCGAGGAAAAGAUCGCGCAUGCGCUACACCUUGGAAGUAUUUCACUUCUAGGAAUUAUAUUGCUAGAGACACUGUUGAAGGCUGUUUGUGCAGGAAGGCAGUUUUUCCACAGAAAGCUUGAGGUCUUUGACGCCUUCAUUGUCAUCACUUCCUUUGUGGCGGACCUUUGCUUACUCCUGCUGCUCCCAGAUUACAACACGAGGGACUUUGUUUUCAUCCUGGCUUUUCUGUUGCCAUGGAGAGUUAUACGGGUUGUAGACAGUUUAGUAGUGGCCGUGAAAGACCACGAACAUUUCCGUUUAAAACUUGUGUAUAAACGGAAAAAGAAAAUUCAAAGCAACUUGAGAGAAAUGGAGGUGAAAGCACAAAUAUUCCAGUAUCAAUGCAAUGCACUACGGCGAUUGUGUUUAUCGGAAGGACUCGAUGAAUGGAAAAUUGAUCAGUGUGUUAAAGCGGAACAAAAAUACCAGUCGACGUUUGGAAAACGAAAAGGUAAAGUGCGCCUGGAUGCCUCUUCUAUGUCUCCUCUCCUGAGUGACCAGUCACGUGAUCGCUCCCCUAGACCUUCCAUUCCGUCUCUAGAUUUACAGGGUUUCAAGUGUUGGAACGGAAAUUCAAUCAAGCACAACGAAUCGAACGAAAGUAUAGAGGAGAAAGCAUGUGAUAAAUCAAUAGAGUGACAAGGGAAACAAAAAACAUUUAUCGGUGUUGAAGAAGGCAUUUGGAUGGGGUCAGGAUUGGUCAUUCCAAUACACAAAUGGCUAAAAGGAUAAUUCUUGCUACGGAGAGAGGCAAACUCCCUAACAAGCCGAGAGAAUUUGCUUGAUAAAACGCCAAUCUUUCCAAUAAUUGGUCGACGGAUAUGAGGAUUGGAGGAUCCGAAAUGUAUCCUAUGCUUGUUUGACAUGACAGGCGCUGUCAAAUUAUAUUACAGGAAACUUUUCCAUUUUCCCGGAACUAGUUUCGGGAAUCCUGAUGGAGGAUUUCGUUUCUCCGGCACUGUUGUUUAUUAUCGACGAAACGUGAUUUUAUUCGUUAUAUGCAAUUUUUUUGUUCGUUCUGAAAUGCAUCCGUUUCUUGUUUGUUUGUUCGUCUGAUGAGUUUUAGAAUUUAAUUGUUUGUGAUACUUUUACAGUGUAAAUAAAUUGCAAUUUGGAA